AUGAACAACACCAUCAGCUGGAUGUUGCUAUCACGAAAUACAACCGGAACGGUGCUGCAACGGACGCUCUGGAACACGGCUGGAAUUCAAAUGAACUCGGAUCUGAUUACGGCUGUUGAAACGGUCGAUCAAGGGGUGUUUAAUGUGUUCGAUAUCUAUUCGAAAGGGCGCCAUCUUUGCAAAGAUAUCUACCAAACGUUGCUGGGCAGGUGGAGCAAUGUAAGUGGCAUACAGGUGACGGCAAACUAUAGCGCGUACCGGAUUCGGCAAAAUUUUAACUUCCUGCAACUACGUGGAGUUACCGUGAUCGAUCAAGCAAAUGUCACAUCUGAGCAGGUCGAUCGUUUGCUGAGCGAACCCGGCCUUACCAAGGGUGUAGUGGCUUUCGUCAAGUAUCAUUACGCGCUGCUGGUUGUCUUGAGAGAUUUCCACAACUUUACCAUAAAAUAUCGUCCAACACGUGGUUGGGCAGGUCGACUACGGUCGGGCUACCGACUAGGGCUGCUGGGAGUAGUGCAGCGUCACGAAACAGACGUCGCCGCCACGGGUAUCAUCAUGCGAUUGAGCCGUCAGCCGGAACUAGACACGAUCCACUACAGCUGGGCGUUUGAAACUGGUUUCAUCUACAAAAUCACACCGGACAUCGGGAGCAAAUCGGAAGGAAACGGUUUCGUUGCUCCAUUUUCGCCAUCUGUUUGGGUUACCUUUCUGCUAUCGCUGGCACUGUCGGUGGUGGUGCUCAAGUAUCUGGCCCAGCUAUCCGAACGUUGCCUUGACCACCACCGCGAGCGUACUCGGGCCACGAUGGCUUACGUGCUGGACGUGAUGUCGUGCGUCGCCCAGCAAGGUGUGCCGGACGUAUCGCGCUUGGUGCCGUCGCGAGUCGCCGUCAUAGUGCUGCUGGUCGCUAAUUUGGUGCUGUACAACUACUACACCUCCACGGUGGUCAGUGGGCUGCUGAGUUCAAAGAUGAUUGGCCCGGAAAGCAUCCCGCAAGUGAUCGACAGCUCGCUCAAACUGUCCCUGACAGAUACGGGCUAUCAUCGUAUACUGCUCAGGGAACAAACAUUGCCGUACAGUACACGCAUGCAUGAGCGGAAAGCUUUACCGCCACGAUUACCGGACGAUUUGCCGCUGUUUACGGAUGUGGAACAUGCGGUACCCUAUCUCCGACGCGGCGGACACGUGCUGCACUGUGAACUGACAGAAGUUUAUCCAACGAUCGCCAAUCAGUUCACCGCCAAUGAAAUAUGCGAGCUGCGAACGGUGGAAGGAUUGUACAAGUAUGAUAUACGUGUGAUGGGAUUCGUGCUGCCAAAGCACAGCAUGUACAGUGAGCUGUUCAAGAUCACCCUAAUGCGAGCACAGGAAACGGGCAUCGUAAAGCGGAUUUAUAGGAUCCACAAAAUAGCAAUGCCAAUCUGCCAAGGAAGUGCAACGGUUUACUCGGUGGAACUGGCGGAGGUUUUGCUAGCGUUCAUUAUAUUGGGAGUCGGCAUCACACUGUCGGGGUGGUAUAUCAUGCUGACCAGCAAACAGUCUGUAUUUAUGAAGUCUACACCGCAGCAUUCUACACCGGUUAGCCAUUUAGUAACAACAAAAAUGGACGAAAAUCCCACGCACGGAAUGCUUGGUCAUGAAAAGUUUCAUUUUGCAGUAUUGAAUUAUUUGCAACAGGUGCAUAACUUUUCGGUACAAUAUGAGCAAUCGAAUGAGGAACUCAUGAAGAUCCUCCCAAACUUUGACGUCAUCGGUUCGGGAGUAUUUCAAAGUUUACAACAGCAACCUCCAAGUGUUCAAAUACUGCUUCAAGCCUGGAUUUAUAGGUUGGGUUUUGUAUUUCGUCUUACACCCGAGCUUAAUGGAGCGACGCUGGAGUCUAAUUACUUUUCACCCUUUACCAAAACCACAUGGUACAGUGCUGCUUCAAUAUUUGCUCUAGUACUCGUAGUGUUGCAUGGUAUGACCAUUUUCCAUAAGGAGCUUUCAUCUUACGCACCGAAUCACUACGUGAUCGAUAUGAUCGGGGCGAUUGCUCAGCAAGGGACAACGCAAACAUCGGCAAAGCUGUCAGUACGAAUAGUGCUUAUAGCAGUGUUGAUGAUGAAUUUCCUUCUGUACAACUAUUACUCGGCAUCCAUCGUCGGUGAGCUGCUCAGUAGCUCCAAUCAGGGUCCGAAAACAAUCGAUCAACUAAUCAAAGCUCCGCUCUCAGUAGUGUUCAAUAAUGAUUCAUACAAUCGGGCACUUGCUAUGAUGGAAGGGCUGUACAGUGAGCUACGAUUGAUGAGCUUCGUGUUGCCGAAGAAGAGCAUGUACACAGAACAGUUCAAAUUAACACUAACUAGAGCAACAGAGCUGGGAAUAAUUAGACGUCUUUUGCAAACGUACAAUAACGAUAUGCCAACCUGUCAAGAAGGAUCUUUGGUACAUCCGGUUGUGUUGAGGGGUGUAGCUACACCUUUCAUGGUACUGACCGGUGGGUUUGUUGGUUCCAUCGUGAUGCUGGUACUGGAAAAGAUCAUCUACUUUAUAGCAAACAAUGGCCAUACUAUCAUAAAUUAG